AUGGUGGUGAGAAAGAGCGCGAGAUAUCUCCAGAAAAUAAAGGAAAAACAAAGUAGAAGGUCAAAUAAAGGAAAAACGGCUGAAGAAAGCGAGACGUCAAGAAGUGAGAAAGAAACCCCUAUCAUAAAAGAAAAACGAGCCCCGCGAGGAGGAAAAAAGACAAACACUUUAAAGCAUAGAAGGGAAUUGAAACAAAAGGUUGAUGAGAGCGUUGAGUUUCAUGAUUCUAUAGGUAAAGGGAAACUGGCUUACGAAGAAGAAGAAAUGGAGCGAUUGAAGGAGGAACUCUACCAAGAAAGACGGAAAAGGGAAGACUUAGUGAAGGAGCGCAUAAGGUUGGAAAGACAAAAUGAGAAGCUUAUAAUCAAGAACGACCAUUUAAAAAGGAAGCAGGAGGGGAGUAGUGCACACAAAGGAGAAUAUGUUCCGAAAAGGGUAUCUGAAGGAUAUCGCGACUACCGACGAGAUAACAAGGGGCGAGGGUAA